CGGUCCCGCCCGGCGCGGCCCGGCCCGGCUCAGCCCGGAGCCCCUCGGUGCGUCCCGGUGGCUCCCGCUGGCUGCCGGCGGCUCCCGGUUCCGCCCGGUACCGCCCGCAGGGACCCGCCGAGGCUCUGCGCAGUGGGACCGCGGCUGUCCCGGAGCGUCCCGGGCUGUCCCGGCGGUGCCGGUGGGGCCCGGUCCGGCCCGGAUGGUGCUGGCCGGGGGCCGAGCCGCGCCGUGAGCCCGGAGCGCUCCGCAUGGACCCCCGCGGGAUGCGGCCCGGGGCGCCCGUGCUCCUGCUCAGCUUCCUGCUCGCCGUGAGCGGCGGUGGCCGCGUGGAGGUGCCGCGCAGCGUGACGGCCGUGCUGGGCCAGGACGUGGUGCUGCCGUGCCGGUACCGGGCGCAGGAGCAGGAGCAGGUGGUGCAGGUGACGUGGCUGAAGCGCGGCCCGGGCGCGGUGCCCGCCGAGGUGGCCGUGCUGAACCCGCAGCACGGCGAGCACGUGCAGGAGCCCUUUGCCGGCCGCGUGCUGCGCCACGGCCACGGCGACCUGGGCGACGGGGCCAUCGUCCUGCGCAACGCCGUGCAGGGCGACGAGGGCGACUACGAGUGCCACCUGAUCACCUUCCCCAUGGGCAGCUUCGAGGGGCGCCUCACGCUCAGGGUGCUGGUGCCACCGCUGCCCAUCCUGAACCCGGGCCCGCCGCUGGAGGAGGGCCAGGGCCGGACGCUGGCGGCCUCGUGCACGGCCGAGGGCAGCCCGGUGCCCUCGGUGCGCUGGGAGACCGAGGUGCGCGGCACCAACGCCACGCGGCGCUCGGCCCACGCGCGCUCGGCCUCGGUCACCAGCGAGUUCUUCCUGGUGCCCGGGCGCAGCAUGAACGGCAAGAGCCUCACCUGCGUGGUGGCACACCCCGGCCUGCGCCACGAGAAGAGGAUCACCCACCUGCUCAGCGUCGCCUACCUGUCGGACGCGUCGGUGCUGGGCCACACGGCCGAGUGGCAGGAGGGGAUGGAGGGGGCGGCGCUGACCUGCCUGGGGGACGGCAACCCCCCCCCGACCUACAACUGGACACGGGUGGACGCGCCGCUGCCCGCGGGCGUCAGGGCCAAGGGGGACACGCUGCUGUUCCAGCGGCCGCUGGCCGUGGCCGACGCCGGCGACUACGUGUGCCGAGUGUCCAACCGCGUGGCCGCCAAGGAGGCCCGGGCCAACGUCAGCAUCCGGGGACGCGCCACAGAGGACACCGUGCGCCGCGUGGACCUGGUGUCGGCCUCGGUGGUCGUGGUCGGGGUCAUCGCCGCCGUCCUGCUCUGCGUCCUCGUCAUCGUCGUGGUGGUCAUGACCCUGUACCACAAACGCAAGACCCAGCGCAUCUCCGAGAAGUACGAGGAGGAGCUGACGCUGACCCGGGAAAAUUCCAUCCGGAGGCUCCACUCCAGCCACAGCAGCGACCCCCGGGCACAGCUGGAGGAGACGCUGCAGCUGCGGACGGAGAGUCGCCAGGGCAGCCUGCGAGGGGACAGCCUGCGAGGGGACAGCCUGCGUGGGGACAGCCUGCGUGGCACCAGCAUCUGCUCCGCCAUGAGCGAGGAGCCCGAGGGCCGCAGUUACUCCACGCUCUCCACGGUGCGGGAGAUCGAGACGCAGACCGACGUCCCCGUCGUCCCCAUUGUCACCGCGGCGCCACCGCCGCCGGCGCCUGGUGGGAAGGACCCCAAGGAGGAGGAGGAGGAGGGGGGCGGCGGGGGGGACCCCAUCAAGGCGGCCAUGACGCACUUCGUGCAGGAGAACGGGAUGCUGCAGGCCAAGCCCAGCUCCAACGGCAUCUACAUCAACGGCCGCGGCCACCUGGUGUGAGCCGGGCACCGGGGGGACACCUGGGGACACCUGGGGACACCUGGGGACAGCCGGCCCCCCCCCCGCACCCGCCUGGCUCUGUCCCCGCCGCUCCGGU